UGCAUUUUAAAUGUGUGUAUUUACAAUACGCGAUAAUCCAAUAUCCAAAGACGUGAUUUGACAGGUAUUAAGUCUACCCGACACGUGUUUAUGUAUUUUGUCUAUAACUACGUAUAUUAUAUAUACAGGAAGGAUUUGGUGAUUUAUUCAUCCACAGACUUUAAACAUGUACAAGAAUGGACGUGGGGACAACAACCGACCUCGUCGUCGAGGAAUGGCUCGCCGGAAGCAAUUUAUAGGCGUUCUAGCUGCUGUGCUGGUAAUCUACAUCGUGUACAGGUCCUUCAAGCCAGAGAGCGACAAUACGAAGUUCGAAUCUUUUAAUAGUAACAGGUUAUCACAGAAAAUGCUUGUUCAGGGUGAAAUAAGGCAGCAAACAUCAAAACUUGAAAGACCGUUUAACCUUCGUCCUGACAUUUACCGCAAUGAAGAAGAAAAGGGGAUAAUUAUUGACGACGAGGACACUGAAACAAAUGGUAAGAUAAGUGAUAACAAUGGAGGAAAAUCUGGUGAAGGGGACAUAACCAAUCCCUUAUUAGACAGAUAUCAUCUUGCAAAAAGUUCUCUGAACGAAAUAGAUCAAAACAUGACACAAGAUAAUACAAUAAACUUGAAGUCCAACAAGUCACUUACGACAGAAUCUAUGCAGCGUAUGGACCCGUUUCUAUCCAAAAAUAAAGAAAACAUUACUGCCAACUCGACUGAGUCGAAUACAACGUUAACUUUCAAAUCUUCACAGCGUAUGAACCCAUUUAUACCCCAUAAUGUAGGAAGUAUGUCUUCAAAUACAACUUAUCCAAACACAUCAAAGAUCGGUGGUGAUGUAUCUAAUGGCUUGGUAAGUAGUAAUGUUGAAGAAUAUAAGAUUAAACUUACGGAAGACUUCGCCACACAAACUAAACAACUUGAAGAAUUGAUGAAAGAUACUCUAGCUAAAGCCGGAACAAAGUUCUUAGAUACCAGUCAACAAAAUGACGCAAGUCUGGGUGGAAACAUGACAAAAUUUGUCGAAUCUUUUUCGGCAAAAACGCAGAAUGUUUUAAACCUUGCUAAGGAUUUAUUAAGAGACAGGAACGCUAGUAUAGCAAAUCAAGAGAAAACAGUGCUAAAUAAUACAAAACUAGAACAAUUGUUUACCAUAGAAUCUCAAGAUCUCGUAAAAAUUGCAAGUGACCUGUUUUUGAAAGCGGAUAAAACAGGUUUAGAAAUCAAAGACGAAACAAAGGCGAAAUUGUUAGACAAGUAUGCAUUUCAUGCACAGAAACUAAGAAAAUUUGCGUCAAGCUUGCUUUCAAACACAACUGUAAAAGCUGCAGAAAAACAAGUAAAUAACAUUAACAUACCACAGAACAGUAACUUACCACAGAACAGUGACUUACCACAGAACAGUAACUUACCACAGAACAGUAACUUACCACAGAACAGUAACUUACCACAAAACAGUAACUUACCACAGAACAAUGACUUACCACAGAACAGUAACUUACCACAGAACAGUAACUUACCACAGAACAGUAACUUACCACAAAACAGUAACUUACCACAGAACAAUGACUUACCACAGAACAGUAACUUACCACAGAACAGUUACUUACCACAAAACAGUAACUUACCACAGAACAAUGACUUACCACAGAACAGUAACUUACCACAGAACAGUAACUUACCACAAAACAGUAACUUACCACAGAACAAUGACUUACCACAGAACAGUAACUUACCACAGAACAGUAACUUACCACAGAACAGUAACUUACCACAAAACAGUUACUUACCACAGAACAGUAACUUACCACAGAACAGUAACUUACCACAGAACAGUAACUUACAACAAAACAGUGACUUACCACAAAACAGUAAUUUUCCACAAAACAGUAAUUUAGCUGUUUAAGUCAGAAAUUAUGCUGUUUUUUGUUUAUUAUUUCUUAUUUGUUCAUUUGUAUGUGAUGUCUUCUAGGCAAUAUGUUGUGUACCCAAUGUUAUGUGUUUCUUUUUCUUUGAAUAUUAAAACGUAUGAAAAACCACGUGAUCUUAAUGGGACAGGAAACCAAGACAAGGUGGCAUUAGCUCCUAUAACAUUUUAAACAAUUUUCGCUCAGUUACCGAGUAUGUUUUUGCAUGUCUUUCAGUUUAAAGUGCCCGAGUCGAUCUAUGUAAGAAAUUACAAUUUUAUGUUAAUAGACUUUUAAACCUCAGUAAGGUUCCUUUAAAUAUAUAAUUUAAAUGAAUGAAACUGAUAUUUACUACGUGUUUUGUGAUUACGUGACUUCAAUUUGUAUUUAUAGAGUAAGUGAAUUAAAUGUAUGCAUUGUGUAUUUAUAUGAGUAUAUGAUAAAAGUGGGAUCAUUAUAUAAUAUUAUUUAUAUGGAUGUUAAGUGUUUUUUAAAUAAAUAUUGACAUUA